CACUUAGGCAAGAACCAAAUACGUCAGGUCGUCGUCGUUGCCCUCCACACAAACAUCAUAUUCACGCUAGACAGAUUCAGGACCUGCACCCCGUGUGACAGGAUCCAGCACUACAUAAAGACCCCUCCCCUCGCAACCUCAUCCAUCUUCUUUUCUCCUCAUCAACACACGCUUCACUUAAACAACCUGAAUUCUCCUCUAAGAUCUUCCAAUACACAAACACUUUUCAUCUCAAAUCAUUCAAAUCCAUCACAAUGGCUGACCUCGGACGCAAGGAUUUCUCCACCCAGGCCAAGGAGAAGGUCACUCCCGACUCGCAGAAGUCGUACCUUGACCAGACCAAGGAGUCGGUCACUGGCACCGCUGACAAGCUUGCUGGUUCCGUUCAGCCCUCCGAGGACAAGUCCACCACUCAGUCCGCCUUUGACACCACGCGCUCCAACAAGGAUGACGCUAAGGGCACCAGCCAGUCUUACCUUGACUCGGCGAAGGACACCGUUGCCAAUGCGGCUGGCUCCGUCCAGAACGCCCUUGGUGGCGGCAGCAAGUAAAUGAUUACAUUUUACUUUCCAACGAUUAAGAUACACCAUAUUGUUCUCUCGUUGUUUGUCAAUCGAUUGACGACUGCACAAAUGGGUUUCUCGGGCUACAACUGAGAUUUGGGUU